AUGUCUGUAAUUGAAAUUAUUGAUAUUAUGGACUUUAAUGUGAAGGUGUCAGGUUCCUGCUCAUGUAAAGCAGGCACAGGGAAGUGUAAGCAUGUUGUUGGCGUUAUGCUUAAGUUACAGAAAACUUCAAUUGACAGUUUGGAGGAAUUGAGUUGUACUGAAUUACGCCAACAGUGGGGAAAGUUUAAAAGUAUUGGAACUGAGAUGUAUCAAACAAUCCCAGUAAAAAAAUUUUGUCAUGUCGAAAAGUAUAUUUCUCCAUAUUCAGAAACUCUGCCAGAUGUAUUACCAAAUAAUAUUGAGAAAAUUGUAUAUGAAACUUUAAUUGAAGGUAUUGAAUUAGAUCCCAAUAUAUCUGAUAAGUUUUAA